AGGAAACAAAACUGAUCUGAGUCUCUGUGUCGUCUGUCUGUGUGACAGUGAACAACCGUCCAAAUGGCUCAACAGGGAGUUCUGCUGGACCAGGACCAGUUCUGUUGUUCUGUCUGUCUGGAUCUACUGAAGGAGCCGGUCACUAUUCCCUGUGGACACAGUUACUGUAGGAGCUGUAUUGAGGGCUGCUGGGAUCAGGAUGUUCUGAAAGGGGUCUAUAGCUGUCCUCAGUGCAGAGAGACCUUCACUCCAAGGCCUAAUCUGAGGAAAAAUAACAUGUUGGCUGAGCUGGUGGAGAAACUGAGGAAGACAGGACUCCAGGCUGCUCCCCCUCCUGCUCUGUGCUAUGCUGGACCUGGAGAUGUGGUGUGUGAUGUCUGCACUGGGACCAGAAAGCAGAAAGCCCUCAUGUCCUGUCUGGUGUGUCUGGCCUCUUACUGUGAGACUCACCUCCAACUUCACUAUGAAUCUCCUGCUUUGAAGAAGCACAAGCUGGUCAAAGCCACGGCACAACUACAGGAGAAGAUCUGCUCUCAUCAUGACAAACUGCUGGAGGUUUACUGUCGUACCGAUCAGCAGUGUAUCUGUUAUCUGUGUACAAUGGAUGAACAUAAAGGCCAUGAUACAGUGUCAGCUGCAGCAGAGAGGACUGAGAAACAGAGGCAGCUGGGGAUGAGUCAGCAGAAGGUCCAGCAGAGAUUCCAGGAGAGAGAGAAGGAGCUGAAGGAGCUCCAACAGGCUGUGGAGUCUUUCAAGCGCUCUGCACAGUCAGCAGUGGAGGACAGUGAUCAGAUCUUUACUGAGCUGAUCCACUCCAUUGAGAGAAGGAGCUCUGAGGUGAAGGAGCUGAUCAGAGCCCAAGAGGAGGCUCAAGUGAGUCAAGCUGAAGGACUCCUGGAGCAACUGAAGCAGGAGAUAGCUGAGCUGAGGAAGAGAAGCACUGAGCUGGAGCAGCUCUCACACACAGAGGAUCACAUCCAUUUCCUCCAGAGUUAUCAGUCUCUCUCCAGUAUCAGUGUAUCUUCAGACUUACCCAGCAUCGUUGUCCGUCCUCUUCAGUACUUUGGAGAUGUGAGUAAGACUGUGUCUGAACUGAGAGAGAAACUAGAAUACUUCCUUAAAGGAGAAUGGACCAAGAUCUCCACUACAGUGAAUAUAGUGGAUGUUGUACUGCCUCCAGAGCCCAAGACCAGAGAACAGUUGUUACAAUAUUCCUGUCAGCUCACACUGGACCCAAACACAGCAGGCACACACCUCUCUCUGUCUGAAGGGAACAGAAAGGUGACACGUACAGGCCAAGUCCAACCAUAUCCUGUCCAUCCAGACAGAUUCACCAACCGGUGUCAGGUUCUGUGUAGAGAGGGUCUGUCUGGAUGCUGUUACUGGGAGGUGGAGUGGACUGGUGUUGUUUAUACAGCAGUCUCAUAUAAAGACAUCAGCAGAACAGAGACAGGUAAUGAUGGUAGAUUUGGAUCCAAUAACAAGUCCUGGAGUUUAAAGUGCUAUAGUGAUGGUUAUUGGUUCAGACACAAUAAUGUUGAGACUAAAGUAUCAGGCCCUCAGUCCUCCAGAGUAGGAGUGUACCUGGAUCACAAGGCAGGUACUCUGUCCUUCUACAGUGUCUCUGACACAAUGACCCUCCUCCACAGAGUCCAGACCACAUUCACUCAGCCCCUCUAUCCUGGGUUUUGGCUCUAUGAUUAUAAUGGUUCUGCUGAGCUGGUUAAACUGUAAACUGAUUAGUUAUUAAUUAAAAUUCAAUCCAAUGUUUUAAUCUUGUCCAUUUCCAUGAAUCAUGAUGUCUGGUGUUGAUGUAUAUUGGUUGUCAUUCAGAACCAUUGAUAUGUUUUCUCAGUUGGUUCUCUGUCUCUAUGUAAUUCUCCUCAGUAUCAUUGAUCAGCUUGUUGGCUCGGUCCUAAUUGAUGUGUUCUCUGUCACCUGGAGCUGCAUGGAAAAUGGUCCAGGAACUAAAGGACAAUUCAGGACUAGUCAGCCCACUACAAGCUGGUAUCACUUACUUUCUACUAAACUAUAUGGUCUGGUUUCCCAGACACAGAUGAAUCCUAGUCCUGGACUAAACAGUAUGUUCAAUGUAGAUGUCCAGGAAACCGGCCCUAAAUGUGUCAUCUUUCAUCCUCCCAUACUGCUCAGUCCAGCAACAUUAAACCUGUCCAGCAGGUGGUGCUGUUGACCAAACAAUAAAACCAGCAGAUAUCUUGACUUGCCACUCAGUAUAUCAGUAAUGUUCAGAAUAGUACUUUAAUAUCAUUGGAGAUUGAUGGUCUUUUUAAUCCACUAUCCAGAGUCAGGAACAGAUGAAGUUAGGUCUGCUACUGUUCAGUGAUUAAAUAGGAUUUAUGGUGAUGGGAAAUAAUAAAAAACACUCAACUUCAUCUCGUAA